CCCCUUUAGACUUUCCUGUCGGCGUCCCUUAGCAAGAGCUCUGUGUUUGGUGGUUUUAAUGUCUUAGCUACAGGUGCUCAUCAGACACUACUGCUAGUGCAAGACAAUGGGUUUUGGUGAUCGUGGUGGAGGCCGAGGUGGCUUUGGGGGUCGGGGACGAGGCUUUGGAGGCGGCCGCGGAGGUCGCGGUGGCUUCGGCGGUGGCCGGGGGUCAGGGAGUUCGGCACGUUCGAGUGGACCAGCCAGGACGACCUGGUGGUCAAGUCGGACAUGGAGGACGUGCCGUACUUCAACGCCCCCAUCUGCCUGGAGAACAAACAGCCCAUAGGCAAGGUGGACGAGAUUUUCGGCACGCUGCGCGACUACUACAUCUCUGUGAAGCUCAACGAUGACGUCAAGGCUUCGUCGUUCACUCCGAAGCAGAAGCUGUACAUCGACUCGCAGAAGAUUCUGCCGCUGCGCAUGUUCCUGCCCGGCGGCCAGCAGCGCGGCAGGGGCGGCAGAGGCCGCGGCGGCCCAAGGGGCAGGGGCGGACCCAGGGGAGGCGGUCGUGGAGGCUUCGGCGGCAGGGGCGGCGGCGGCGGCUUCAGGGGCGGCCGAGGCGGCUUCGGCGGCGGCGACAGGGGCCGCGGCCGCGGCGGCUUCGGCGGCCGGGGCGGCGGCGGCUUCCGCGGCCGGGGAGGCGGCUUCCGCGGCGGCCGGUAG